AUGGCGGAGUUAUCAUUUCGCCACACGUGCCGUCAUGACACAGUUACGAUCGGCACCAUGCGAAGAGCAGAACACGAUCUGAACUGGGCCCUGACGGUCGGCGUCGGCAGUGUCAUGUCCACGAUGAUCGGCGACAGAGGCGAAGCAAGGUUACAUCCGUCACCAAUCAAUCAUCACUGUCCAAAUGACAUUAACCGAUUGGUCGUUGUCAGCCAGACGGCGGCGCUUGACGACGCCACGGUCACCGUUUGCCCAUCGGUUGCCGUUGCCGUUGGCGCCACCGGGCGAUCCACCUACGGAUGGAUGGACAAGAUGGCGCUUUGGGACACGUUUGACAUUUCUGUGCACUAA